AUGUCAGCUCAGACCAUGGGCACCCGCAGUCUGGACAAGCGAGGAAGUUUCUUUAAGCUCAUUGACACAAUCGCCUCGGAGAUCGGCGAACUGAAACAGGAGAUGGUGCAGACAGAUGUCAGCCUGGAAAAUGGCCUGGGAUCCACCGAAGCCCACAGCAUGGUAAGACACAAGGACGAUCACUACUCCAAGGAAACGGACGCCAAGACCUGCCCCCGGGACUCUGGCUAUGACAGCCUCUCCAACAGGCUCAGCAUCUUGGACCGACUCCUGCACACCCACCCCAUAUGGCUGCAGCUGAGCCUGAGUGAGGAGGAGGCGGCCGGAGUCCUGCAGGCGCAGCCUCCGGGGAUCUUCCUGGUUCGUAAAUCCACCAAAAUGCAGAAGAAAGUCCUCUGCCUUCGCCUGCCCUGUGAAUUUGGAGUCCCACUCAAGGAAUUUGCCAUAAAGGAAAGCACAUACACCUUUUCCCUGGAAGGCUCAGGAAUCAGCUUUGCGGAUUUAUUCCGGCUCAUUGCUUUCUACUGCAUCAGCAGGGAUGUCCUGCCAUUUACCUUGAAGUUGCCUUAUGCCAUUUCAACAGCCAAGACCGAGGCUCAGCUUGAAGAACUCGCCCAGCUGGGACUAAAUUUUUGGAGCUCUCCAGCUGACAACAAACCCCCAAACCCUCCACCUCCCCAUAGGCCUCCCUCCUCCGACGGCGGCUACGACGAUGGCGUGGGUCCGGCCUCCUCGCGUCAGCUCUGCCUGAUAAAUGGAGUGCAUUCUAUAAAAACCAGGACGCCCUCGGAACUGGAGUGCAGCCAGACCAACGGGGCCCUGUGCUUUAUUAAUCCCCUCUUCUUCAAAGUGCACAGCCAGGACCUCGGCGGGGGCCCCCGGCGGCCCUGCACCCGGACUCCCGACGCGGAUGGCACCGAGAGGCCUCGGUCCCCGCCGCCCAGGCCCCCGCCGCCCGCUAUUCAUAGUCAGCCCGCCGGCCCCCAGCUGGCCGGGCCCGCGGCGCCCCCGGCCGGCAUGCCGGAAACCGUCGCCCUGCACCAGCCCGGGGACGCGGCGCGGCUUGGAGCGAAACCCACCCCCGUGCCUCCACCCCGGCUCAAGAAGCAGGCGUCUUUCCUCGAGGCGGAGGGCGGCGCCAAGACCUUGACCGGCGACCGGCCUCGCCCGGAGCCCGCGGCGGGCCCGGCGAGCGGCGCGGCGGGGGGGCCUGCCCCGGCGGAGACGGAGGCGGAGGCGGUCCUGGCCUCGGGGGAUUGCGCAAGGGCCCGGCGCGCCGCCGCGUCGGCCUCGGCAUCCCGGCCCCCGUGGCGCGCGGGCCGCCAGCGGCUGAGUGACAUGAGCCUUUCCACUUCCUCCUCCGACUCGCUGGACCUGGACCGCAGCAUGCCCCUCUUUGGCUACGAGGCGGACACCAACAGCAGCCUGGAGGACUACGACGGCGAGAGCGAUCAGGAGACCAUGGCCCCCCCCAUCAAGUCCAAGAAGAAGCGCAACAGCUCCUUCGUGCUGCCCAAGCUCGUCAAGUCCCAACUCCGCAAGAUGAGCGGCGUCUUCAGCUCGUUCCUGACCCCGGAGAAGCGCAUGGUGCGCCGGAUCGCCGAGCUGGCCCGCGACAAGCGCACCUACUUCGGCUGCCUGGUGCAGGACUACGUGAGCUUCCUGCAGGAGAACAAGGAGUGCCACGUGUCCAGCACCGACCUCCUGCAGACCAUCCGGCAGUUCAUGACCCAGGUGAAGAACUACCUGUCCCAGAGCUCCGAGCUGGACCCCCCCAUCGAAUCGCUGAUCCCCGAAGACCAGAUAGAUGUGGUGCUGGAGAAAGCCAUGCACAAGUGCAUCCUGAAGCCCCUGAAAGGCCAUGUCGAGGCCAUGCUGAAGCACUUCCACGUGGCCGAUGGCUCAUGGAAACAACUCAAGGAGAACCUGCAGCUCGUGCGGCAGAGGAAUCCACAGGAGCUGGGCGUCUUCGCCCCCACCCCUGACUUUGUAGACGUGGAGAAAAUCAAGGUCAAGUUCAUGACCAUGCAGAAGAUGUAUUCGCCAGAAAAGAAGGUCAUGCUGCUGCUGAGAGUCUGCAAGCUCAUCUAUACCGUCAUGGAGAACAACUCAGGGAGGAUGUACGGAGCAGAUGACUUUUUGCCGGUCCUGACCUAUGUCAUAGCGCAGUGUGACAUGCUGGAGCUAGACACGGAGGUCGAGUACAUGAUGGAGCUUCUGGAUCCAUCCCUGCUACAUGGAGAAGGAGGCUAUUACCUGACGAGCGCCUACGGGGCCCUCUCCCUGAUAAAGAACUUCCAGGAAGAGCAGGCGGCGCGGCUGCUCAGCUCCGAGGCCAGGGACACCCUGAGGCAGUGGCACAAGCGCAGGACCACCAACCGGACCGUCCCCUCGGUGGACGACUUUCAGAAUUACCUCCGGGUUGCAUUCCAGGAGGUCAACAGUGGCUGCACGGGAAAGACCCUCCUCGUGAGGCCGUACGUCACCACUGAAGACGUGUGUCAGCUUUGCGCCGAGAAGUUCAAGGUGGCCGACCCCCAGGAGUACAGCCUCUUCCUCUUUGUGGAUGAAACGUGGCAGCAGCUCGCAGAGGACACGUACCCGCAGAAGAUCAAGGCUGAGCUGCACAGCCGGCCACAGCCCCACGUCUUCCACUUCGUCUACAAGCGCAUCAAGAAGGAUCCUUAUGGCAUCAUCUUCCAGAACGGGGAGGAAGACCUCAGCGCCUCCUAG